CAGUGGAACAUUCCAACUGACAGCUCGGCUCGAGCUAGCUUUUCACCACACACACACACGCGCUGUGGAAACAACUGCGAUUAAAGCGAGUUAUUUAAUCAAGAAAUUCAACUUUUAUUCGCUUUAAAUUCAAACUGUUAAUCUCUCAACAUGUCCGCACCAAAGAAGGGAGACUUGUCUUCAAGCGAGAAGGAGUUGUUUGAGGUUAUCACGGCAGGAAACGUUCAAGAGGCCUCGAGGCUGCUGGGCUGUAAGGAUGUCCGAGUCAACUGUUUGGAUGAGUAUGGGAUGACCCCUCUCAUGCACGCCGCGUACAAAGGGAAAGCCGACAUGUGCAAGCUGCUGCUGCAACACGGAGCCGACGUGAACUGUAACGAACAUGAGCACGGAUACACGGCGCUGAUGUUCGCCGGCCUGUCAGGUAAGACCGACAUCACGUGGAUGAUGUUGGACGCGGGGGCGGAAACCGACGUGGUCAACUCCGUGGGAAGGACCGCCGCACAGAUGGCCGCCUUUGUUGGGCAACACGACUGUGUCACCGUCAUCAACAACUUCUUCUCCCGCGCCAGGCUGGAUUACUACACCAAGUCACAGGGUUUGGAGAAGGAGCCCAAGCUGCCCUCCAAACUGGCCGGACCCCUUCAUAAGGUCAUCAUGAGCACCAACCUGAACCCCGUCAAGAUGGUGAUGCUGGUGAAGGAGAACCCGCUGCUGGCGGAGGCGGAGGCUCUGGAAAAAUGCCGCCGGGUGAUGGAGCUCAUCUGCGAGAAGUGCAUCAAGCAGCAGGACAUGAAUGAGGUGCUGGCCAUGAAGAUGCACUACAUCAGCUGCGUGCUGGGAAAGUGUGCCUCCUUCCUCAAAGACCGCGAGGACAAGCUGGACGGCCUCAUCAAGAGUUUGCUGAAGGGUCGAGACGGCGACGGCUUCCCCGUGUACCAAGAGAAGUUCAUCAGGGAGUGCAUCCGCAAGUUUCCUUACUGUGACGCCACUCUGCUGCAGCAGCUGGUGCGGAGUGUCGCUCCUGUGGAGAUUGGUAACGACCCCACAGCUCUGUCAGUGCUGACUCAGGCCAUCACGGGUCAGGUCGGCUUCAUGGACGCAGAGUUUUGUACCUCCUGUGGAGAGAAGGGAGCCGAGAAGAGAUGCUCCAUCUGUAAAAUGGUGAUCUACUGUGGCCAAGCCUGUCAAAAGAUGCACUGGUUCACCCACAAGAAAGUUUGCAAGACUCUCCAAGAGCAGCGAGAGAAGCAAGAGGCCGAAUCAGCCAAACUGAGGAUGCAGCAGAGCAACGAGGAGAGCAGCGGCGUGCAGGAGGCCUCAGACUCCAUGCAGGAGCUCUCGGUGGACGCCAGCAGCGAGGCCGCCUCUUCAGACUCUGCAGCGGAAACCUCGAACCCCGCUCCCAUCGCGGCUGCUGACAACUGAGGAACACCGAACAGCCAGCUACUCCAGAAUCCAUCCACACACGCUCCACAGACGGACAGCAGACUGGCAAGUGAGACUGAAAGCCAGACAAAGACUGGUCCAGCUCGGAGACGAGAUAUUUAUUACUGACGGACUGUCACAAAGGCAGGGAGACACUAAAGCAUACGAGGGAGGUUUGUGCCACAGCGGUUCAUCGUUUUGUCAUUUUUAUAUGUUCAUUUUUCGGACGGUUUUGUCGUACGUGAAUGUGAAAAUAACAUAGGCUGAUGUGUUUGUGGUAGAGGUCACUGGGAGGGUAAAGACGUGAACGAUGGGACGUAAUUCUGCCUUAAGAAACCGUAGCAACCCGCGCAGGAAGGAAGUGACCGUGUAGCCGUUUGUUUGCCGUGUACUUGAUUUGUUAUGGGGCCGUUUUGUUUUGUACUUGAUAACCUCCAUGAUUGUGAGUGGAUAGCAUGGCUGCACAAUAUUGACCAAAAAAAAAAGUAUAUUUUUAAAUAUAAACAAUUUACUCUUAGCGUAUCAUGACAGACGUUAAAGCUCAGGAUUUACCCAACGGUAACAAAAUGAAGGGUUCUUUUUUUUUUUUCACUCCAUAAAAUAUAAAACGUGUCGAUCAUUGUAACACAGCACAAGAACAUCAUGACCAGGACACAAAGGUUUUAUGUUUGUUUUUGGUUCUUUCAUUUAUUGUGUAGCCUGAUCGGACACAGACCGGUCCAACGGGGCUUUGUUUGUCCUCAGCACUGAUCAUUUCCAAUAUGUCCAACAACUUGAGCUUAAUCACAUGAAAUAAAGACCAACUUCAUCAAGG